UGUCAUGUAGCGUCGGUUUCCUGUAAAAAAUUGCAAUAGUGUUUUAGUUUGAAUAACGCCGGUAUUAUUAUCUUAGGCUGUGGCAAGGAUCAGCUGUUGUCGGCGCAUGUGCAGCUGCGAGGGGAGCUCCGGCCCCGGCUCGCCAUUGACGCGCGGCCGCCUGAGGCGCUCACACGGUGGUGUCGGCGCGCAUUAUAACGGCGAAACUUGUGUCAAUGGACGCGCAUCAAACGGUGUGAUCGGUCGCUCCGGCAGUGCGUUACUAGUGUAUAAUAGUCGCGUGGCCUAUUGGGAUCGUCGCCAGCAUGGACGCGGUGCUGGCAGCGCUCGUGGCGCUCAUGGCACUGGCCGCCGCGAUGGCCGCCGUGCUGAGCACGCUCUCCAAAGCCGCGAUUUUCGCUCUCCUGGCGAUCGCGCCCUGUGUAUACCGCUACAGGAAACGCAUUUACGUAAUCGUCAAGACUCUACCCCGGGAUCUCAAAUUCUUAUGCCGCUAUGUGAAAGGCAUCGUCCGACAGAAGAUAUGGGGGCUACAGGAUGCCACGGUUGCGGGGCUGUUUACAAAACGCGCGGAGCUCAUGCCCGACGCGCCUUGCUUCAUUGUCGUCGGAGACCGCACCUGGACCUACAAGGAGAUGGCUGCCAAAUCUAACCAAGUGUCACGCGUGAUGCAAGAGCACGCCGGUCUGAAGCGUGGCGACGUGGUGUGCGUGUUCAUGCCCAACUGCGCCGAGUACGUGUGGACGUGGCUCGGCAUGGCCAAGCUCGGCGCUGUGUCCGCGCUCAUCAACAGCAACCUGCGCCACAAGCCGCUGCUGCACUGCAUCCAGGUCGCCAAGGCGAAGGCCAUCGUGUUCUCCGACCAGAUGGCGGACGCCGUGGCCGAGGUCCGCAGCCAGCUGCCGGCCGACAUGAAGCUGUUCCAGUUGAACGGCACGCCGGCGCCCGGCGUCCUGGACUUCGGCGCGGAGAUGGAGCGCCACCCGCCCGACUACCCGCUGGUUACCGACCCGCCGCACUAUAAGGACACCCUGCUCUACAUCUACACUUCGGGCACGACUGGCAUGCCGAAGGCUGCCGUGCUGCCUAAUUCCAAAUACCUUCUAAUCGUGCUGGCAACAGUGCACAUGCUGGGGCUGAAGUGGUGGGACCGCAUGUACAACCCGCUGCCGAUGUACCACACGGCGGGCGGCGUGGUGGGCACGGGCGCGGCGCUGGUCGAGGGCAUCCCGUCCGUCGUCCGGCCCCGGUUCUCCGCAUCCAACUACUGGACUGACUGUAUCAACUAUCAGUGCACGGUGGCGCAGUACAUCGGCGAGAUGUGCCGCUACCUGCUGGCGCAGCCGCCGCGGCCGACCGACGCGCAGCACCGCGUGCGCAUCAUGGUGGGCAACGGCAUGCGCCCGGCCAUCUGGCAGAACAUCGUUGACAGGUUCAAAGUGCCCCAGAUAAAUGAAAUUUACGGCGCGACGGAGGGCAACGCCAACAUAAUAAACGUGGACAACACAGUGGGUGCGGUGGGUUUCCUGCCGAAGAUUCUGCCGGCGAGCGCGCUGCCCAUCGCCGUGGUGCGCGUCGACGAGCAGGGCGCGCUCGUGCGCGGCCCUGAUGGCUUCUGCAUCCGCUGCGACCCGGGCGAAACGGGCAUGUUCAUCGGUCUCAUUGCUCAGGGGAAUGCUUCGAGGGAAUAUUACGGUUACGUCGACAAGACCGACAGCAACAAGAAGCUAGAACGCGACGUGUUCCGAAAGGGCGACGCGGCGUUCGUGAGCGGCGACCUCCUGGUGGGGGACGAGCUGGGCUACCUGUACUUCCGCGACCGCACCGGCGACACCUACCGCUGGAAGGGCGAGAACGUGUCCACGGGCGAGGUGGAGAACGCGCUCAGCGCCAGCCCCGCGCUCGGCAACAGGGAGGUUGUGGUGUACGGCGUGUCGAUUCCCGCGAACGAAGGGCGGGCGGGCAUGGCGGCGGUGGCGGACCCGGCGCGCGCGCUGGAGCUGGCGCGGCUGGCGCGCGACGUGGACGACGCGCUGCCCUCCUACGCGCGCCCGCUCUUCCUGCGCCUCGUCGACGACAUCGACAUCACCAGCACAUUCAAACUAAAGAAGCUGCAGUACCAGAAAGAGGGCUUCGACCCGGACGUGAUCCGUGAGCCGCUGUACUUCCGCGCCGGCGCACAGUUCGUGCCCGUCACCUCCGAGCUCUUCAAGGACAUCUGCAGCGGCCGCGUCAAGCUCUAAACGGCCGCGUCACGACCCACGCAAGGGAAACGUGCGUUUACAGCACGCGUGAGAUUGACGCAGACACAUUGGGCUAUGAGCGCGCGUAUGAAAGCUACUAAUGUUAUAGGUACUUAGUUUGUAUGUGUGGAUAUGUACGGGGUAUUGGUUGCAUUUUUAUCAUUUAAUGGUGUCAUGUGCCACUCGAGUGUCGAAACGAUAAAAGUGCAACCAUCUCAGGCACGCCGGCUCAUAUUAUUCCUACCAACCUGGCAAUUUGCCGUACAUUUCUGAUUCGACAAUUAUAUUUACAUACAGACCCAGAAAUCUACCUAUACGGCAAUUAUUCGUAACAUACGAUUAAAGAACUAAGUGUGUAUCUAACGUUGUUAUUUUAUAACUGCGCUUAAAACCCAAUGUUAGGCAAGACGCAUGAGCUUCAUAAAAAAACAUCAUUUUUGUUAUAAAUAAUAUUUUCGUGUUGUUUUCUGUAUGUUUACAAACUCAUGCGCCUCUGGGCCUCGCUCGAUGCGUUAGUACUAGGUAUUGCACCGCACUCCCCGAGCAAAAUAAAAAGUGUCGAGGUCUGCCUAUAAAAGUCGAAAGAUUUUGCUCCAUUAAUGAACAUAUAGUAAUUACCUAUUGUUAUAAGCCGGUACUUAGCUUUCUUGAGCACGUUUUUUUUUGUGAUUUGGUACAGGGUCGGAGCUUGUAGCAAAAUUGUGGUUUACUUUUAGACCGUGUUGAAAACGCUGGUCUGAGACCAAAGUGAAGGCGGAUAAUUGAUUUAUACGAUUAAUUGAUGCUGUACUAUAAUUAGAUUACCCUUCAUAUAUUAUGCUGAUUAUAAUAUUUAGGUGAUAUUUUUACGUCGUUAACUUAUUUAGUGGAAUUGUUUUCUCAGCACUUAUUUGUGAAAUUGACUAUAAUAUUCUGAUGCGGUUAUUGGUAUUUUACGUGCUAGUAAAAUGGUGGUAGAACUAUUUCCGUAAUUAGUAUGUUACUGUUGGUUUGUGAAUGUUUCAAAUCAACGAGUGUUGUGGUGGUGCAGGCGAGCAGUCAAUUAGAUGCGUAGGGCAUGUUCAAUAAACACCUGUUUAUCUCUAAUUGCGUAAUUAUAUUUCAUGAAAUAUAUAGUAACAGCAAGUACUUGAUGACGACGCAUUUUUUGUAUAUAAAUAUUCUUUAAAAAAACAUGGCAAUUGGUAGUAUUUUGGUAACCUGAAAUAUUUUUUUGUAUAUUUAUUUAAAUUAAUUACCUAUAUGUAACAGACUACACUGCUAAAAAUGCCACACACCCAAUGAAUGAAAGUCAUCCGUAAGCGGAAUUAAAGAUAUUUUUAAAUAUUCAAUUUUUCAAUAAUUUUCAGCCUUCCUAAUGUUAAAUCCUAAUCAAUUUGAAGCAAUAAAUAUUAUCUUAAACAUUUACCCACAUUAUUAUUGACACUAAGAAUGUGAGAACAAAUAUUUAGUCUAAUACAAAUAUAUAUGUAGGUAGAUAAAAUAUAUUGUAGAUAACAUUCCACCAUCUAGUCUCAUAAGCAGUUUUAUUUGGUGAAAGUGCACCCAGCAUUCUUUAUGAUAUAUCUUUAAGUUCCUGUUUGAAUUAUAAGGAUUUUUUUUAAAUUUUAAGACAGUUAUUUCAAUGGAACGUCUAUUAUAUUGUUUGAAAAUGAUUUCAAAUAUGUGUUGCGUGCAGCUGAAAAAAUGAAACUUGGAAAAACAAAGCGUAACACUACAAACUUUGUAUGGACAUUCCAUUUAGAUAUCUGUGCCUUGCAACAAAUUGCACUUAGAACACGUACCUAGUGCGCCGUCGAACUACGCUCCGAAUUUGUUAAAUAUAUAAGUUGUAAAUAAAUACCUAAAUUAUA